GAGGUCCUUCGUUUCCAGCUGCCAGGCCACGAGGCUGCAGCCCUUCGCAGCAUGACCCGCCUGCGUGCCGAGGAGCGUUUCUGCGACGUCACCAUCGUGGCCCGCAGCCUCCGCUUCCGCGGCCACCGCGUCAUCCUGGCCGCCUGCUCUCCUUUCCUCCGCGAUCAAUUCCUGCUCAACCCGGCGGCCGAGCUGCGCGUCUCCUUGGCUCACAGCGCCCGCGUUUUGGCCGACCUGCUCCUCUCGUGUUACACCGGAGCCUUGGAGUUCGCCGGGCGAGAUCUGGUCAAUUACCUGACGGCCGCCAGCUACCUGCAGAUGGAGCACGUGGUGGAGCGCUGCCGAGGGGCUCUGGCGCGAUUCAUCCAACCCCCCCCGGAGCCCCCGCCGGCCCCCAAGCAAGAGGAGGACGACGAAGACGAAGAAGAGGAGGAAGAAGCGGCGCCCGACGUCUGCAUUGUGAAAGUGGAGCCGGGCUCGGCGCGGCGCCGGCGUCGGGAGGCGACGAUGGCGGUGGUGACGGCGGGGACGGCGGUGGCGGUGGAGGAAGCGCCGCGGUUGCCUCCGCUCGGCGUGGUGAAAGCCAGGUACAGCCUGGCAGAAGAUGCCGAAGGAGAAGGGGUGCUCAUCUUCCCCGGGCCGGGAGGAGGAGGAGGAGGAGGAGGAGGCGGGGAUGAUGGCGGCGCCACGCCGGGGCCGUCCUCGUGGUCGGUUGCCGUCCCGGCGCCGGCGUCGUCGGCGUCCUGCGCCCCGGCUCGCUGCGGGAAGUGCGGGGAAGGCUUCCAAGGGGUGGAGAAAUUGGUGUUCCAUAUGAGAGCCCAACACUUUGUCUUCAUGUGCCCGCGCUGCGGCAAGCAGUUCAACCACAGCAGCAACCUGAACCGGCACAUGAACGUCCACCGCGGCGUCAAAUCGCACGGCUGCGGCGUCUGCGGGAAGAGCUUCACCCAAAAAUCCACCCUGCACGACCACAUGAACCUGCACAGCGGGGAGAGGCCGUACCGCUGCUCCUACUGCGACGUGCGCUUCGCUCACAAACCCGCCAUCCGCAGGCACCUGAAGGAGCAGCACGGAAAAACCACGGCCGAAAACGUGCAGGAAGCCAGCGGCGCCGAAAUCAACGUGCCGAUGCGCUGAGCGCGGCUCCGGGCGCCGGAUGAGGGGGUGACGCCGAGCCCCGGGCGCCCGCGGUCGUGUUUUGGACGCUGCUGCCAAUGCUGAGGUUCUGUCUUUUAAGGUGGGGUUGUUGGACCGUAAAAAAAAUCCCCUCGG